GCUUGGACCGUUGUCUUCAAUGUCGUGUUGUGUCUUCGCUUGUCGAUGUGACCCCCUCUACGUGCAGAUAAACGACUGGUCCAUAGACUCGGAGGAAGCAUGGGAGUCUCCUCAGCGCCCCGUCCUGCGCAUUCGCAACCACUCCACCUAUGACAUAGGAUUGAACUUACCGACAUGCGCGUUCGUGCAUGCUCCACAAGUGAUACUCAUACAUAUAGCGACACAUCAAUCCGUCGCCUUCAUCUUUGCUCUCCUUCUUUCUCUUUCUCCACUCUAACGACCCUUUACGACACCCAACUGAAUCCUUCAUCCUCGUCUUGACAGGCGACAAUGUCGCACAAGCUCGCGGAGCCCUACUCGGGCAAAAAUCCUGUGCCCAAAAUCACUACGAAACUCACAUCGCUCGUCAAUCCCGAGAAGGCUACCGCGGCGAAAGCGCAGCAGGUGCAAGACCGCUCCGGGCAGCACGCAGAGCAGGAGACGGCGCAGACAGCCAAGAGGCUCGCCAAAGGCCAUGUCAUGCGAACGACGGACCCGACGACUGGAGAGGAGCUGACCAUACGGAAUGCAGACCCAAAGAUGGAGGCGGAGUGGGAGGAGGAAGGCGGAGAGAAUGUAUUGGCCCACGCGUUCCCGCCGCCUGACAUUGAAAUGCAUCGCAAAGUCGUGCUCUCCUCCACAUCGACCGCCUUCCUGUAUAGCUCGGCGGGCUACACGUGUGCUCUUCUCCUCGCUCUCCUGUUUGGCUCACAUCCCUGGCUAUGGCCCAUCAUACUGCUGCCGCCGACCUUCCUUGCGUAUACCAUGCAUUUCCGCAUGAAGAACACAUCCCAGGGUGACUUUCAGGAUCGCAUUUGGCACUCAGAGCGCGUGCGUGGUCUGCGCGCGGGCGACGACCUAGACGGCGAUGGCAACAUCACAACAGAGGAACACACCAAGGAGAGCGCGGAAUGGGUCAACUCCGUGCUGAGAGGCGUAUGGCCCAUUGUCAACCCUGACAUGUUCAGCUCCCUGGUAGACAUGCUUGAAGACAUCAUGCAAUCCAGCGCUCCUUCCUUCGUUCACUCCAUCCGCAUCGCCGACCUCGGCCUCGGUCGGAACGCCGCACGUAUCACGUCCAUCCGCUCUUUGCCCGAUGCGGGUGACAGCAAGAAUGGGGAUGAGAUAUCCAAGUCGCUCGAAGUAGAUUCCGAGGAUAUGUCUCCAGAGGACAGGGAUGCGCUUGGCGGCGACCACGUAAACCUUGAAGUUGGAUUCGCGUACCGCGCGGAGCCGAGCGGAGAGUCGGCGCAGAGCAAGGCGAAAAAUAUCCAUUUACUCGUGGAAUUUUUCAUUGGCUUGACUGGUGUCUUCGGGGUCAAGUUCCCUGUCUGGGUGGAGGUAACUGGGGCCAUUGGAACUGCGCGUGCGCGUCUGCAGCUCAUCUCAACUCCGCCAUUUGUCAAAACGACGAUGAUCACAUUACUCGGUUUGCCACAUGUCACGAUUAGUGUCGUACCACUGAGCGAGCGACUGCCAAACGUGAUGAACGUACCCUUCCUCUCUGGUUUCAUCUCGAGCGCGAUCAACACUGCCGCGGCUGAGUAUGUUGCCCCGAAGAGCCUGACCCUCGACCUCCAGAAACUCAUCAAUGGGGACGACAUCAAAAAGGAUACGGAGGCACUGGGUGUUCUUGUCGUCCACAUCCAUCGAGCUACUGGGCUGGCAAAGGCCGAUACGAAUGGGGCAUCCGAUCCAUAUAUCACGCUUACAUUCUCGCGACUUGGCAAGCCUCUGUACUCAACCCGGAUUAUCAAGGGAGAUUUGAACCCGGUCUUCGAAGAAACGGCCUUCGUGCUCGUGGAUGUGAACACCGCAAAGUUGAGGGAGAAGCUCAGCUUCCAGCUGUGGGACAGCGACCGGAUGAGUGUGGACGACAUGCUGGGCUACCACGAGAUCGACGUCGUCGAGCUGAUCAGGCAACGAGCAAAGCCCAUUCGGCGCGUCUCCCCACUCUCGUCCCCAGACUCCCGCCACCGCCCCGGCAACGUCGAGUACACCGUCGGAUAUUACGGCAAACUUCCGCCCAACUCUGCGCUCUCUACGGACGGCACGGAUCCGGGCAUCCCGGACGACCUCCGGCAGAAGCCGGAGUUCAAGGAGGCUCGUGCGGUGUCGCUCAAUGAUUUGGAGGCGGCGGUAUUGACUACGCCUCCUGACGAAGAGUGGGUCAGUGGGAUCCUGAGUGUGCAGGUGCACGAAAUCCGCGGUUUGACGGUGCGGAGAGGCGAGACAUCUGGGACAGAAAACAAAGGCCAAGAUGACUCAAACGAACCGCGGGAAGAGGGCGAGGGCCUACCAUCCAGUUACUGUACUAUCUCGCUGAAUGACGAGUUGGUGUACGAGACGCGUGUGAAGCCGAUCACGAGCUCGCCCAUGUUCAACGCGGGUAUGGAAAGGUUCAUCCGGGACCGACGCAAGUCGCACGUCACUGUUACUGUCAAGGACUCACGGAUGCGGGAGAACGAUCCCGUGCUCGGUAUAGUCUUGCUGAAGCUAUCUGAGUUGCUGGUGAACGCAUCUGAGGUCACCCGUUUCUGGUCCAUCGAGCAGGGCAUCGGUUACGGCCGCAUCCGCAUCUCGGUGCUCUUCAGACCUGUCGAAGCCAAGCUUCCGCCAAACUUGUUGGGCUUCGAGACCGGUACGCUCGAGAUCCACAAUAUCGCCGUUCAAUCGAAGGACGAUCUGUCGUACUGCGAGGUCCACAUGAAGGUCACGACAACUGCUGCAGAACAGAAGGUUUCUCGGAAGAAAGCAGAGAAACGUGACGACCAAGUAGUGUGGAGCGAGCCUGACUCCUCAAAACUUCCCGUGCGACAACGGUAUGGUGCAGCGCUCCUAGUGUCUAUCCGCGACGCCAGUGUCUUCAAGGCGUCGGGGCGGAAGGCACUUGGGGUGCUCUGGUUGCGUGAUCUCGUGGACAAUAACGACGGGCGGGUGGAGAUCGCCCUAUGGCAGGCGAAGCACGGAGACUAUUCCCGGCUCAAGCUCAACUACGUGCCACCCGAUGGUGACCUUUCCUACUGGGAUACCGACAAGGAGAACGUCGAACGUAUUGGCUCGCUUUUCCUCGACAUGUGCUUCAAGCCGGGAAUCUCGGGCCUCCAUCACCAGCUGCUCACGGGCGGGGGCGCUAAGAAGCGUGAGGCCUGGGAUCAGUAUGAUAGGCAGAAGGCAGGGCACAUGCGGGACGGAGUCGGGAAGAUGGGCGUGAAGACUACGCCCGGAGACCACCAAUCUCAGGAAAACAACGAGACCAGUCGGGCUGACGGACGCGUUGCCGGGACUCCCGAGGAUGACAAGACCGCGAGCGGCGGUCCUAUCAACGAGGCCGGUGGCGAUACGUCCCCGUUAGGUGUAGGCGAUGAAAGCAGGACGGAAGGCGCGAACACUGUCGUCUCGACCGAUGCGGUGGAGACUGAGGAGCAGGUGCUAGAACAUCCCGAAGAACACGAGGGGGCCAGCGACGAGGUCGGAGAGUCCGGUCGGGGAUCUGAAGAUGGCGGGAGGAAAGGUCCCAUUGCGAAGCUGAAGGACUGGCGGCAGCACGAGAGGGAGCUGCAUCGUGGGCACCGCGGGGUCAUGCAGGCCAAGCCUGCACGCACCGCUCAGUGGAUGAAGGACAACGUCGAGGAGGGCGUGCAUGCUGUCAAGGAGCGGAUGAAGAUGCAUUCGAGGGAGCCGGAUGUUGAGACGGAGGCCUAAUAGGCGGAGGGAGGGCCUAUGGACGGUCAUAUGGGACUUUGUACUAUUACCACCUGGAUCUCCACAUGCACUUGUACACUAUUCCAUGUUUGUUCGGAACAGUUCUCAAUAUCAGGUCUGACUAAGUA